ACGCAAUCCCCAGCCUUCACUCCGGCGAUCAGCUGACGAGAGACGACUCCUGCUGCUCCACAUCACGAUUAUUCCCACCAUGGCCUCCCUCCUCGCCCGCUGUGUCACCGUCUCAGCCCGCCGCGGCCUGCACGUGUCCGCGGUGAGCUGUGCCAACAAAAUGAUGGCUGACCCCCUGGAGCACGCGACAGGUCUGGAGAAGCAGGAAUUGCUAGCCAAGGCUGCUGGCAAUGAUAACCCCUUUGACAUGAGGGUGUACAAGCGUGUGAGCGGCGACAAGAGCAACCCAACUGUCGUGCCUUCUUUCUAUGAGAAGAGGUUGGUAGGAUGCAUAUGUGAAGAAGAUGCCACCUGCAUCAACUGGAUGUGGCUGGAGAAGGGAGAGACCAAGCGAUGUGAGUGUGGGUACUGGUUCCAGCUAGCCGAAGGGAAACCCAUGGUCUAAUAUGCUUAAUGGAUAGAGCUUCAGUUUAAGGUUUUCAUGAAUGAGUAUUUAAUGGUUUUGUUGGAUCAGUGGUGCCGUGUGUCAUUCCUUUCCUGUAUUCUCUUGUAUAUAUGAACUGAUCUGGCUACUCAGAGAUUUACAAAGGAGUGCCAAGUAAGUGAAAAUGUGGAUUUGAACAUCUUGUAAUUAUGUAAGUAGACUGGAAAUAAAAGAGAAUUCCCAUUCA